AUGAGCGAAGCCGCAGACCUAGAUGCCAGCCAGAGUGCUCACUUUGACGAAACGGGCUACAUUUACGAUGAGGACGACGAAUAUGAGGAGAUCACGCAGGAAGACUGCUGGACUGUGAUCUCCAGCUUCUUCGAGCAAAAAGGUCUCGUCCGGCAGCAGCUCGACUCAUUUGACGAGUUUGUCCAAAACACAAUGCAAGAGCUGGUCGAUGAGAACUCAGAUCUCAUUCUGGACCAGAGUGACCAGCAUACGGGACACGAAGGAGACGUGAACCGGCGCUAUGAGAUCAAAUUCGGCCAGAUAUACUUGUCCAGACCAACCGUUACCGAGGCAGACGGUUCAGUGGUGCCAGUAUUCCCGCAGGAGGCGCGACUGCGCAACUUAACGUACUCAGCACCGCUGUACAUCGAGAUGAAGAAGCGUGUGUUGAUAGGCAGGGAGGAUCCAGAUAGCUUGACAGGCGACAUGGUUUGGGAGCCGGAAGGGGAUGAGAAUGCAGAGGAUACGAGGAAAGUGUGGAUUGGAAAGGUUCCGAUCAUGCUGCGCUCCUCCUUCUGCAUCCUCUACGAGCUCAGCGACGAGGAACUGUAUGACCUGAAUGAAUGCCCCUUCGACUCGGGAGGAUACUUCAUCAUCAACGGCUCGGAGAAGGUGCUUAUUGCCCAAGAACGUAUGGCGACAAACCAUGUCUACGUGUUCGCCAAGGCACAGCCGUCGCCCGUUAGCUUCCUGGCGGAGAUCCGUAGUGCUGUCGAGAGGGGUGGGAAGACAAUCAGCCAGUUCCAGGUUAAGCUCUAUCACAGGAACCAGGAGCGCUCGCUAGGCAAUGUCAUGAAAGCAACGAUUCCCUACAUCAAGGUUGACAUUCCUAUCUGGGUUGUCUUCCGUGCUCUUGGCGUCAUAUCUGAUCGCGACAUUCUUGAACACAUCUGCUACGACAUGCAAGAUGUUCAGAUGCUCGAGAUGCUCAAGCCGUGUAUCGAUGAUGGUUUCGUCAUUCAAGAUCGUGAGGUUGCGCUGGAUUUCAUUGGAAACCGUGGUACGACUACUGGCCUUAAUCGUGAACGUCGUUUGCGAUAUGCACAGGAAAUCCUCCAGAAGGAGAUGUUGCCGCAUGUCUCCAUGGCGGAAGGUUCUGAGUCCAAGAAGGCAUACUUCUUUGGGUACAUGAUUCACCGGCUUUUGCUUGCCGCUAUGGAGCGGAGAGACCUGGACGACCGUGAUCAUUUUGGUAAGAAGAGGUUGGAUUUGGCUGGCCCGCUGCUCGCCAACCUCUUCCGCAUGCUUUUCCGCAAGUUGACGAAGGACGUCUACCGGUAUUUGCAGAAGUGCGUGGAGACUCACAAGGAAUUCAACUUGAACUUGGCCGUCAAGCACAACACCAUCACCAAUGGUCUCAAAUACUCGCUUGCCACAGGUAACUGGGGAGACCAGAAGAAGUCGAUGGCUUCGAAGGCUGGUGUAUCCCAAGUGCUGAACCGGUACACCUACGCUUCUACCUUGUCACAUCUGCGUCGCUGUAACACGCCGCUCGGGCGUGAGGGGAAGAUCGCGAAGCCUCGUCAACUGCAUAACACGCACUGGGGUAUGGUCUGCCCUGCAGAGACACCCGAAGGGCAGGCUUGUGGUCUCGUCAAGAACCUGUCUCUCAUGUCAUGUAUCUCGGUCGGUUCUCUCUCGGCCCCCGUCAUCGAGUUCCUGGAGGAGUGGGGUCUGGAGUCGCUUGAGGAGAAUGCACAUUCCGCGACGCCAUGCACGAAAGUGUUCGUCAAUGGCGUGUGGAUGGGUGUUCACCGAGAUCCCGCGAACUUGGUCAAAACGAUUAAGAAGCUUCGGCGGAAGGACGAUAUCAGUCCCGAGGUUUCGGUCGUCCGCGAUAUUCGAGAGAGAGAGUUGCGCUUGUACACCGACGCUGGGCGUGUUUGCCGGCCGCUGUUCAUCGUGGAGAACCAGCAGCUGCUUCUGGCCAAGAAGCACAUCCAGUAUCUUAACGACGGUCAGGACGAGGAGGGCAAGCCAUACAAAUGGGAUUCGCUGGUGAAAGGUGGUGUCAUCGAACUCUUGGAUGCCGAGGAAGAAGAGACCGUCAUGAUUUGCAUGACACCGGAGGAUCUGGAGAACUCGAGAAUGCAGUCCAACACUAUCGACUCACAUAUGAACGAUGGUGAAUUCGAUCCUGCUGCACGACUCAAGGCCACCACAAACACACAUACGUGGACCCACUGCGAAAUUCACCCCAGUAUGAUUUUGGGUGUUUGCGCCAGUAUCAUUCCUUUCCCCGAUCACAACCAGUCUCCCCGGAACACUUAUCAAUCUGCUAUGGGUAAACAAGCCAUGGGUAUCUAUCUCACCAACUUCCUAGUCCGAAUGGACACGAUGGCGAACAUCCUGUAUUACCCGCAGAAACCUCUUGCCACGACCCGUUCCAUGGAGUAUCUGCGUUUCCGAGAGCUUCCCGCUGGUCAAAAUGCCAUCGUAGCCAUUCUUUGCUACAGCGGUUACAACCAGGAAGACUCCGUCAUCAUGAAUCAGAGCUCAAUCGACCGUGGGCUGUUCCGGAGCAUAUAUUACCGCAGCUACAUGGAUCUCGAGAAGAAGAGCGGCAUUCAGCAGCUCGAGGAGUUCGAGAAGCCAACCAGAGAGAACACACUUCGUAUGAAGCAUGGCACAUACGACAAGCUUGAGGAUGAUGGUCUCAUCGCGCCUGGUACUGGAGUCAAUGGCGAAGAUAUCAUUAUUGGCAAGACUGCACCAAUACCUCCUGACAGCGAGGAGCUAGGUCAGCGUACGCGGGCGCACACACGACGCGAUGUGUCGACGCCAUUGAAGAGCACGGAAAGUGGUAUCAUCGACCAAGUUCUAAUUACUACGAACGCCGAGGGCCAGAAGUUCGUAAAGAUACGUGUACGGUCGACGCGUAUUCCCCAGAUUGGUGAUAAGUUCGCGUCUCGUCAUGGUCAGAAGGGUACGAUUGGUAUCACAUACCGCCAAGAAGACAUGCCUUUCACUGCGGAGGGGAUCACUCCCGAUAUUGUCAUCAACCCGCACGCCAUCCCAUCCCGUAUGACAAUCGGUCACUUGGUCGAAUGUCUGUUGUCCAAGGUGGCAACCCUUAUCGGGAACGAAGGUGAUGCUACACCGUUCACUGACUUGACCGUCGAGUCUGUGUCCCAAUUCUUGCGGCAAAAGGGUUACCAGUCGCGUGGACUGGAGGUGAUGUAUCACGGCCACACUGGGCGGAAAUUGCAGGCACAGGUCUACCUUGGCCCAACUUACUACCAGCGGCUCAAGCACAUGGUGGACGACAAGAUUCACUCACGUGCGAGAGGUCCAGUGCAGAUCCUGACAAGACAGCCUGUUGAGGGUCGUAGUCGUGAUGGUGGCUUGCGUUUUGGAGAGAUGGAACGUGAUUGCAUGAUCUCGCAUGGUGUCGCGGCCUUCUUGAAGGAGCGAUUGUUCGAGGCCAGUGAUGCGUAUCGGCUUCACGUCUGCGACAUUUGCGGUCUCACAGCGAUCGCUAACCUCAAAAAGCAAACAUUCGAAUGUCGGUCCUGCAAGAACAAGACAGCAUGUUCGCAACUGUAUAUCCCAUAUGCUGCCAAGCUGCUGUUCCAGGAAUUGCAAAGCAUGAACAUAGCUGCUCGUCUCUACACCGUCUCAACAGGGCGUAUCAGGGAUUAG